AGCCGAACCGAGCUGACUCCCUCUCCCACCGACACCGCGGCCCCGCGCGCGGAGGGCCCCGCAUGUCAUCGACUCCACUCCCUGCGUGUGUCCCCACCGCGACUGCGCGAGCAGGUAGCCGCUGCUGAUCUGCGCCCAGCGCCCGUGCCUGGCUUAGCUGCGACCGUUGUCUUUAAGCUCGCACUGCGCGCAAGCCACUGCCACCGCCGGGCGCCGCCAUCCUCCGCCUCCACUCUGCCAGUGCCCUGCCCUCCUCCCCUUUUCUCGAGCCCGGGUCGCCGUCUUCGCCGCCGCUUCACCAGAUCCCGUCCCGCGACUGGGGGAGGAUGGGCAGCGCCAGCGCUUUCGUCAUCAGGUGGAUCAACUUCUUCACCAUGAUACUGGCAUUACUGGUGGUGGGUUUCGGGUUCUGGAUGAGCACCCACAACGAUGAGUGCAGGCGGUCCUUGACCAUCCCUGUCAUAGCUCUGGGAGGAGUGAUCUUUCUCAUAUCGCUCAUCGGAUUCCUUGGUGCUUGGAAGAACAUUUCUUGCUUGCUUUGGACAUACCUAAUCACGCUGUUUGUGGUCUUGGUGGCAAUCAUGGUGUUCACGGUGCUUGCGUUUAUCAUAACCAAUACAGGAACUGGCCAUGUUGUUCCUGGGGCUAGAUAUAAAGAGUACCGUCUUCAAGAUUACAGCUCUUGGUUUGUCAAACAGCUCAAUAACACGGAGAAAUGGACUCACCUGAGAAGUUGCCUUGUCAAGUCAGAUGACUGCAAUAAUCUGUCAAAAAGAUACAAGACUCUGAAACAAUACAAGCUUGCAGAACUUACUCCCAUGGAAUCUGGCUGCUGCCGCCCACCAGCAGAGUGUGGGUACCCAGCUCUGAACGCCUCCUAUUUCGAUCUGAGCUAUCAUCCAGCGAGCACCAACAUUGACUGCAAACUGUACAAGAACGUACGCUCUGUCAGGUGCUACGACUGUGAUUCUUGCAAAGCUGGGGUUGCACAGUACAUGAAGACCGAGUGGCGUGUGGUCGCAAUCUUCAACGUGAUAUUGUUCAUCAUCCUGUCGUUCGUGUACUUUGUGGGCUGCUGCGCGCGGCGGAACGCUGGAGGUAGCAAUGCAAAAGGUAGUGGAAGGGGAAAGAAACACUCUGUGGGCUGUUGCGGCGGAAUGAUGGAGGUAGCAAUGCAAAAGGUUUGUGGAAGGUGAAAUAAAACACUUCGAGGUGAAGCGCUUGGCCAUCCGAUGUGGAAGCAAGAUCUAGCUUUAGCACCCCUGUAAAAUUGUUCCAUCAAAUUCCUUUGAUGAAAAUUAUCUGCUGUGUGGUGAUAUUCUCUGUUGCAAAUGGGUUGCAAACAUCUCGGAGAUAAAAAUUCAUUUUGCCUCUGAUUUCGUGACA